AUGGAUACUAUCCGGUCGCAAACCCAGGGAUCUAACUCCCAAAACUCGAUCCCAUCGGAUCAGAUCACCUCGAACAUCAGUAGCAGCCAAACUGCUGAUGCGACGAGAGAUCAGAUCGCGUCGAAUGUUGGUAGCCGCCAGCUUAGCACUCCACCUCGCGUGGAACCAGUGGUGAUCAAUCUCGCCACGCCGGUAGCAACCCCGAGCCCGAUUCUACCGAAUCUGGGUUCGCACACCAUCGAGAGACCUCUCUCUCGAGUUUGGGUCAGAUCGGAAGAUCCCCCAACAACUGUGACUCCACAGAGUCGGACUGUUCCUGUUCGACCUGCAUCUGCGACGCAAACUCCUCCGCGAGCUAGUCCAGAUGAUCUGGCACAGAUCAAACAGCUUCUCACCAACCUGGUAAACGGUCAGCGCGACCACGAAACUAGGCUGGAGAGACAUGAGAGACGCCUCGCUGAAUCUCGAAACAUCACUAGCCCGCCUCCGCGGACUCAGCUCGAUUUUUCGACGAUCUACGCAUCUGGCGUACCUCAGGCGCAAUUCGUUACGCCUUCGCGACCUCAAGUCUCUCAGACUUUCGGUCCACCGCCGAGCUCGCCACCAGUUGGCAUAAACAAUACGAGCUCGCACCCAAGCGAGACGAGAGCUCAACCGAACGUUCCGCUCUCAUCUCCACCCCCAGGGCCACCUGGUACCGAUCCAGCUAGGCCUAGGUGGUUUGGCGCUUCAGCUUUUGCCUCGAGCUCGCAGGCAAUGCCUCAGUUCGAGAAUCAGCUAGGCGCGACAUACGGUUCACAGCCCUCCGCAACAGCGCGAGAGCACGUGAACGGGAAUUAUCAACAAUUCCCUAGCUCGAACGCUAAUCGGAAUCCAGCUGAUCCACGUAACCUCGUCGACAGCGAAUCUUUCGAAAGAUUCCAAGAUCGCACAGACCUCGCGUUUCAGCAUAUGAGCUCAAUGUUUCAUCAAGCAACGAGCUCAGCUCCUGAUAUCGACAGAGUGAUUAAAGAGUCUAGACGAACUCCUUUUUCACUCAGGAUCAAAAGUACCUAUAUCCGAGAUACCAGCAAGCUGCGUAUCCCAGAAUACUCUGGUAACAGCGAUCCGAGAGCUUACAUGCGAGCUUUUAACCUCGUCGUAUCUCGAGUUCCUUUCUCUCCAGAAGAGAUAGAAGCAGCCUACUGCAGGCUCUUCGCUGAGAACCUGAUCGGACCAGCUCAAGAAUGGUUCUCAACGCUGGACGAAAACUCAAUCGAUAAUUUCGACCAGCUCCAAUCAGCCUUCCUAAAACAGUAUUCGAUCUUCAUCGAAUCUAAAAUUACGGAAGCAGACCUUUGGAGACUUUCUCAAGGUCCAAAGGAAUCACUUCGAUCUUACAUUGACAGAUUCAAAUCAGUCAAAGCUAAGAUCACAAACCCUAAUGAGGCAGUAGCUCUACUUGCCCUCAAAAACAACUUGUGGUACGAAUCGAAAUUUAGAGAAGAACUAACUGUUCGACCUACAAUUUCACUAGAUGACGCAUUACAUCGCGCAUCAGCAUUCGCAACUCUCGAGGAAGACACAGCUCUCCUCAGAGAAAAAUACCUCAAAGGGGAGCUCGCAUAUGCUCCACCAGGUGCUAAGAAAACUGCACCAGCUAAACCACCUUCGCAGAGUAAAGGACAACAUUCCUACUCUAUCGAAACUUCAGCUCCCAUAAAGAGCUCGGAGGAAGAAGAGAAACACUGCGAUAUUCAUAAUACAAACGGCCAUUCCACAGAGGAAUGCCGUGCUAAAGGCAAAAAGUCUAGCAAAAAGAAGGGAAAAAGCAAAACAGCUGAAACCGCGGUUAAGGCCGAAAAGCCAAAACCCAAACCAGCUAAAGACUCCGACAACGCACCUCAGAAAAGAGAACGCGAAGUCGAGGUCGAAGCCCCCGAUUCCCCUCCUUCUAACAGGAAAAGAAUCGACCUAAUCUUCGGAGAGCUCAGCCUUUGCGGCGGCUCAACGAGAUCCGUGGUCACCCCCCCACCCGCUCCUAGAAAGGCUACGAGCUCUAGCUCACACAGACCUCCUAGACUUGUCGGGGGGAUAGAGCAUUCUUACAGAAGCUCGCCUGUUACAUCACCUACCUCCAGACCCGAUACUAAGAGCAUUGCGAUCUCUUGCUUACGCAGACUUCACAAGCUCUCGGGGGGAGUAGAGCCACCUACCCCUAAACGAAUUGACUUCAUUUGCGGUGGCUCGAAGAUGUGCAAAGACUCGAUUAACUCGAUCAAAGCACAUCAGCGACGGGUCGAGUCAUCUGGACAACCACGUCCUCUAGACGGACCUGAUCACGAAAUCAAAUUUCGAGAAAGCGAAACACUCGCACUCGAUAAACCUCAUGACGAUGCACUCGUAAUCGAGCUCGCCGUAGCCGGAUUCGAGCUGACCAGAGUCAUGAUAGAUACAGGAAGCUCUGUAGACGUGCUGUUCUACGAUGCUUUCAAGCGAAAACUCCGCACUCAUAGGAGGCCGUACGCCCCUAACUGGGUUCGCAGGAGAAACGACCUAUUCCAUGGGAACUAUCCAGCUCCCAAUCAAAGCAGGUGGCCGUGGCUCUACACCAUGAAAGCAGUUGCAUCCACUUACCACCAAUGCGUCAAGUUCCCUACACCUUGGGGAACAAAAACAAUUCGCGGUUGCCAACGAGCUUCCCGAGAUUGCUAUAUGGGCAGCUACUUGCGAGCUGAAAAAUCGCCAGUUUGCAUCGACGAAACCGACCCCGAAAGGCGCGUUGGUAUCGGAAUCGAUCUCGCAAAACCUAUCCGUGACGAGCUGAUCGCCUUCCUAAAGGAAAACAUCAGCACAUUCGCAUGGUCCACCGCAGACAUGCCCGGGAUUGACACUAGGAUCACGUCUCACGAGCUGAACGUAGAUCCCACGUUCAAACCCAUGAAACAAAAACGUCGAAAACUCGGCCCAGAUCGGGCUAAAGCAGUAAACGACGAAGUAGACCGACUACUUGAUGCGGCAUCUAUGGGAUGA